CUCCACCUUGGAUAGGGCUUAUCAGUCUGCUUAACAUGAAGGUCGUCCUAGCUUUGCUCUUCUGCACUGUUGUAGUCGUCUCCGCCAAGCCCGGGGCACCCAAGGCUACAUACACCACCAAGUACGACAACAUCGACUUGGACGAGAUCCUCACCAAUGAGAGGCUCUACAAGAAGUACUUCGACUGCUUGACCAACAAGGGCAAGUGCACUCCUGAUGGAAAGGAGUUGAAGGAUGUGCUGCCGGACGCCCUGGCGACCGAUUGCAAGAAGUGCUCCCAGAAGCAACAGCAUGGUUCGGAAAAGGUCCUCCGACACCUGAUCGAGAAGAGGCCGACCGACUACAGCGCCCUGGAGAAGCUGUACGACCCCACCGGCAGCUACAAGCGCAAGUACAAGGCUGAGGCAGAGAAGAGGGGAAUCAAGAUACACUAAACCUGAAACGAAAAGAGGAACGCAAUGGAAUAGAAACACAUUUUCGAAUAACUUAAUUUAACAAAACGAAUUGUCAAAAUAAACUCUUAGGUAUCCCUUCAUUUGUCUUUGGAUUACACACAUUCAUUAUAAAAUUCUUAAAAAAUAUAAAUAUUCAUACAAUA